UAGUGGAAAAAAAGUAUUAAUUUUCAUUCUAAAAAGAACUGAUCACUUUGUGAAUUUUUUUUUGGAGUGUUUGCAAGAAACGAAAGAGAAACUAAAAAUCAAAUCCUGCUAAAGUGUUAACAACAUUGAAGUGACGAGAGUCUGUAAUUUCAACUUUGAACAAAUGUGCUUUUAUUUCGUGUUUUAAUUCGAGUUUAAUGUAUUUUUGCUUCUGAAUUGCUCAAGUUCACAGUAAACAAGAAACUUGUAAUUAUUGCUAGCAUACACAGCAAUUUUCUUCAAUAAACUCGUCUACUACCUGUACACAUUCACGAAGUGCAAACGUAACGCAAAGAACGACCGAACCGCAACAUAUACAAAACAGAAAAAAAAUACCUAAUAAAAUUGAGAGAUUUGUACUUUAGAUGGCUUACAUAAUAUAAAAUAAAGAAAACGUGAGGGAAUUUUUGCUUGAAACGAACGUGAAUGUUCUAAUUGCAAAUUAAGCGAACGAAAAAAAAAAACGACAACAACAAAAGCAAAUCACUUUUCAUUUUGUUUUUCUCGAUUGAACUGAAACGGCCUAAAAAUUCUUGCCAAUAUGAAUUCAUACUUUGAACAGAGCGGAUUUUAUGGUCAUCCGCAUCAAACAAGCGGAAUGGGUAUGACAGCCGGAGCACAUCAUGAUCAAAGUGCAACAGCCGCAUACAGAGGUUUUCCAUUGUCACUUGGCAUGACACCAUACGCAAAUCAUCAUUUACAUCAAUCACGAUCAACACAAGAUUCACCAUACGAUGCAAGCAUAACGGCCGCAUGCACAAAACUCUACGAUGGAACCUAUAAUAAAGAUUGUGCCAAAACUGGAUCGUCCAGCGAUACAAAUGGCUACAAAGAUGUGUGGAAUACAUCCGGAUCAAAUGCUCAAAGCAAUUCAACACCAGUCCGACCAUCAGCUUGUACACCUGAUUCCCGUGUUGGCUACUUGGAAACAGCCAACGGAAGUCCAGUCGGUCGCUCUGGUAAUGGUUCGUCGUCGGGCGUGUCAGCCAAUGCAUGGAACUCAUCGCAAUGCAUCACAGGAGCCAGUGGUCAAGUUGCUGCUGCCGCAUCUGGCCUACACCAAGCCAGCAAUCACACAUUCUAUCCAUGGAUGGCUAUCGCAGGUAAAAGAUACGCAGAUACGCUAUCGGGGUCAUUACUUCCAGAUUGGAUAGGUGCCAAUGGAUUACGUCGACGUGGCCGACAAACUUAUACGAGGUACCAGACAUUGGAAUUGGAAAAAGAAUUCCACACAAAUCACUAUUUGACCCGAAGACGUCGCAUUGAAAUGGCGCAUGCAUUAUGUCUAACAGAACGACAAAUUAAAAUUUGGUUCCAAAAUCGUCGCAUGAAAUUGAAAAAGGAAAUUCAAGCAAUCAAAGAGCUCAACGAACAAGAAAAACAGGCUCAAGCUCAAAAAGCGGCCGCAUCUGUACACGAUCAAUAAAUUUAUAAUACACAAACACAUACACUCAAAAACUCAACAUAAAAUUACGAGAAAAAAAAAACAAUUUAAAUAAUUAAUCAUAAAUUGAAAGGUUAAAACUAAAAGAAAAUAAUUGAAUACACUAAAUUUACGUACAUUAAUGAGAAGAGAAUGAAAAAGAAAACAAUGAAAUACAAGAAUCCUUACUCUACUAUUAAAUAUAAAACAAAAUACAAAGUAAUAUAUGAUUGAUUAGUAUGUGUAAAAAAAGUAAUAAUGCCGUAGAAGAAAAAGCUAAGCUCUCUCUUACACUCAACUCUCUGAUUUGCAGAGAAAAAUAUUAUUAUUUCAAGGCUAAUUUUGCUUUAGAAAAACCAUAGUUUAUCUCCUCCUUUUUCUCGUUUUUUUUUAUUUAAAAACACAUCAAAUAUCUUUAUUUAUUUUGUUUUUUUUUUGUAUUAAUUUUGUUCAGCCAUUUCAUACUCUCUAAUCAGUAGAUACAAAUAUGUAGUGAAGAAUAGAGGUAGAGACAAUGUUUUUAAGACAUAACACACAGAAAAUGAUGCAAACAAGACACAGAUUAAGCAAAUCGCAAAUUUAUAGAUUUUAAAUCAAAGCAACGCACACUGAAAUUGGCAAAACUCCCAUAUACACACACACAAAAAACACACACACAGCAGCGAUAGAAAUCGGAUAAUUUAUGGAAUUCGGCGAUCUUUUUAUGGUUAUCAAAUGGGUUUUUUGUAUAUUUCUUUAAUCACCCGCGAACAUUUCAAUUUAUUUAAUGAUCAAAGCUUGCUCAAUUCGUAACAACUUGAUCAACAGCCGAAAUAGGAAACAAAAAACUAAACAAAAGAGAACCGGAGAAGAAUAAAAACGUUCCCGUCGUUUCGAAUUCUUAAUGUGCAAUUGAAAUUUUUCGUUUUGUGAAAAAUUUUGUCUAUAAUAUUUAAUUUAUAAAAGUUAAAAAAAAAAAAAUAUGAAUGAAGAAAAAGGAGAAUAACAGUACAGACAAGCAACAUCAUCGAAAUUCGAUCGAAGAUCAUCCAUAUGCUUUUAUUUCACUGGUUCAAAUUUAUGCGUUAAAUCGUUGCAAUUUUGCAGUAUACGGUGCCAAAGAACUAAAAGAAAACAAAACGAAAACAGAGAAAAAAAAACGAGAAAAAUCUCAAGUGCAAGCAAAAUUUGAGUCCGCGAAUGUUAUGUGGAUGCAAAUUAUUGUUCGCAAAAUGCUCGUUGGAAAAUUCGUUCGAUUUUUUCGACUCUCAGCAAAUGAUUGCUGUUUUUUAUUCUUCUUUGACUGAAUUUGUUUUGAUUGAAACAGGUGUGUGUGUGUGUUUUUCUUUUGUGAAUUCACAAACAAAAUUUAUUUCGAAUGAAACGUUUUGUUUUUCUGUUUUUUCCUCCUCCCCAGUGAUUGUUUCAUCCACUCUAUUUA